UCUAACUUAAGGGAUGUCUUCUAUAAGGAGAUGAGUAAGCUAAAUCAUGACCUAUAUGAUGUGAUGAGCAAACUGGAGAAGCAGCAUUCCAACAAAGUCUUUGUCAUUAAAGGUGUUAAAAGUAAAAGGAAUUCUCUGAUGAUCUCAUCUCCUAUAAGUUCUACAAAUUCCUUUUUUAUGGCUUCAAUAGACCCUGGAGUGAGUAUUUCCCCACCAGGAAAGGAGAAGAGCAAGAAUGGCUCCCAGUCUUCUAUGACAAGUGACACCCAGGAUUCCUCCACAGAUGGCACCUCGUGUGCUUCAACUGAGGAAGUGCAAACUGACCCAUCUCAAGAUCUUCCUGAUGAA